AUGGGGUUGGACGAAGAUGAAGUGUUGAAACAUAAUAAACCUAAUGACGCUUGGGUAAUCUAUAAAGGAAGAGUUCUUAACAUAACUUCAUUUCUUAAUGACCACCCUGGUGGUUCUGAAAUCAUAGAGCCUUAUUUAGGAAAAGACAUCACAAAGCAAUUCGACGAAAAUGACCACUCUGAAAACGCAAUCAAAAUGACAAAGAACAUGGAAGUUGGAGACCUCACGAAACCUUCAAAACCAGAAGAAAAUUUAACUAUUGACCCGACUCGAGGUCUUGUUUACCAAGUCUUCACCAAACUAAAUCUUAAGGCAUACCAAGACUUUGUCAAUGACCCAAAGCACACAAAAACUAAUAUUAGAGUGUUUGAUUCUCCAAUUCUAGAGCCCUUCUCUAAAACCCCUUGGUACGCAAUUCCAAUUUUUUGGAUUCCUUUCAUGCUAUUUUAUUCCUAUUGUGGUUUAGAGCUCGGAUUUAUUCCUUUUAUUUGCCUUUUUCUUUUAGGAAUUGCAUGGUGGACACUGUUCGAAUAUUCGCUUCAUCGUUUUAUAUUUCAUAGUGAGCCAUACCUACCAGACAACCCAUACUGAAUUGUAUUUCAUUUCUUAUCACAUGGGAUACAUCAUGCUUAUCCUAUGGAUAAUCUAAGACUGGUAUUCCCAAUAGCCUUAUCUUUACUGUUAUGGCUAGUAUUUAAACCUGGCUUAUACAAUCACAUAAUGCCAAUUGCAGUAGCCGAUGCCUUCUUUGCAGGCAAAUUAGUGGGGUAUAUGUAUUAUGACUUAUUUCAUUAUUAUUCACAUCACAGCCGCCCUCAUGGGAAAUACUUUAGCUUUAUGAAGACUUAUCAUAUGGCACACCAUUAUAAAGAUCCAUUUAAAGGCUUUGGAGUUUCUAAUCAUUUUUGGGGCUUCAUGCCAAAUGACCGUGGAUUUUUGACAGUGUACAUUUCAUCGAAAUCUAUUUGGUCAAAAAUUUUUGAUAAUGCGACAUUUGGCCGAAAAAUUAAAGGUUUUUUUCAGUCAAAUGUCUCACUAUCAAAAUUUUCGACCAAUUUUCGGUGAAAUGCACAUUAUCAAAAACGCAAAGUCAUUUGACCUGCACCCCAUUUUUGGGAUAUUGUUUUUGGAACUCUACUUCCAGUUACUUAUAGACCGACAUCGUUGGAUUAA